AUUUCAGAAAUCUCUCCAUCCCUAAACGCAGAGAGAGAAAUAAAGAAGAUGGCACUGAGGUGGCUUCUUCAUUCGGCUUGCCAUAUUGUAGGGUACCCUAGCAAAGACAGUACAAAUAUUCAACAGGGCAGCCAUGCUGUAGGGUAUCCCUGCAAACAAGAAAUUAAUGGAGUCAUCAAAAGCACAAAGCCAAUCACUUCAUCAGUAGGGUUCCAAAUGCCUCUUCAUUACCCAAGAUACUCCAAGGCCGAUUACGAGAAGAUGGAGGAGUGGAGAUUGGAUUUGCUUCUUAGGGAAUAUGGCCUAAACUUCAUGGGCACCCUUGAAGAUAAGAGAUCAUUCGCAAUGGGUGCUUUCUUGUGGCCUGACCAAUAUUGAUCACCCAAUACCCGCAGUUGAGAUGGAGAUUGAAAUUAUUAUAAUGUUCAAAUUUGAUGUGCGAGCUGAGUUAAGUUUUACUGUAAAUCUAUUAUGCUGUCUCCCGUUUGUCAAUUUCCUUCGAUAGACAUCAGUUGCAUGUUAGCCUAUUUUAGAAAUUGUGUUGUUUUUGCUUGGGCUUUAUGUAAAAAUAUAUAUACAUAAAUAUUCAUAGAGAGAGAAUGUUUGCAGAAGUAAACU